AUGACCCGAAACACCCCAAUUGGCGCCAACCAUGCUAUCCCCAAUGCCUCGACCCAAACCAUACUGCCCCUGCCUGAGCAUGUCGUCGCCCAGAUCAAGUCGUCAACGGCAAUUGUUUCCCUCACCGGAGUUGUGCUGGAGCUGCUGAAGAAUUCUCUGGACGCGAAAGCGACCAAGGUUGAAGCUGCGAUCGACUUUGCGCGCGGCGGAUGCUCGGUCGAAGAUGACGGCCUCGGCAUAUCGCCCCUCGAGUUUCGCGAGGAAGGAGGCCUGGGCAAGCUCUACUGCACGUCCAAGUACCAUGCAACUGAGCCCCUUCUUGGCCGCAAUGGCACCUUCCUCGCGUCCCUCGCUACCAUGUCCCUCUUGACCAUCUCCUCGCACCAUUAUCAACACCGCUCGCACAAUGCGAUAACGUUUCACCAAUCAAAAGCCGUGGAGAGGCAACUGCCGGCUUCGGCGCAGCACGAGAUAUCAGGCAGGCAUGGCACCCGUGUCACCGUGCGGAACCUGUUCGGAAAUCUGCCUGUGCGCGUCAAGCAGCGGUCGAUCAUAGCGGAGCAAAGAGCGGAGCAUGACAGACUCUGGGAUGGGCUGAAGAAGGACGUCACGAGUCUCUUGCUUAGCUGGCAGAGUCCCGUAUCCAUUCGUAUUCGCGACAGCGAGAACAGGGUGGUUGUCAACCUCAGCAUAUCCAGCUCAGGGGCAACGGCACAGACUAAAGAGAGGGAGACGUCGAACACACGCUCUGCGCAGCUCUCAUCACUCCUCAACGUUUUGACCCAGGCCAACUAUAUUGCCAUUGACGAGUGGCCGUCGUGGGUACCAGCAUCGGCUGCCACAUCUGCCAUUUCCAUCAAAGGCGCCAUAUCAUUAGACCCGGCACCUAGCAAGCAUGUUCAGUUCAUAUCGCUCGGUAUACGACCGCUGUGUGCGAACGCCGGCCACAACGAACUCUUCGAUGCUGUCAACCGCCUCUUCGCUCUAUCUAGCUUUGGCACUGUCGAGGAUGAUACCAACAUUGAUGAGUUGGAGAAACGGCGGCGACAGUCAGACAAGCGCUUCAAGCAUGACGGGUACACUAACCGACAGCUCAAAGCACGCAAAGAUGUCGACAGAUAUCCCAUGUUCUACCUUCGCAUCUCGUUGAAGGACGCCCAUAGAAGAAGCGUCCCCGAAGAGCAGUUCCUCGGGGAUGAGGCGAGCCUCCAAAGCGUGAUGGAGGUGUUGGACGCGAUGAUAACUCAAUGGUUAUCAGUCCAUCAUUUUAGACCACGGCAACCUCGCAAGAAGCGUGGACGGCUCGAUACGGCUUCUAGUGCUGCCGAGGGUCUCGCUGUAAGCAACUCAUCAUCCACGGAGGGUCGGACUACGUCCAUGGCUUCGAAUGGGCAAUCUAUCCGAAGCUGCUCCGCAACACCAAAGCCAGUCUCUACUUCGUCGCAGUCACUGAAGAGGAAGCGUCCAGACAAGACGGCGUCGCGCGAAUUGUGCGAGAGGUCACGUCCUGGAGUCUUCGCAGAGUGGUCACGCAUCAAAAGUGGAAAGCCUGAGUUCUUCAGCAGCGUUUCGACCGUGUCGAAAUCUAAAUCCGAAUCAGAUCUCGGUAAGGAAGUUAGUAUGAGCACUUCGGCUGGCACAAACACCGAAGCAUUUGCGAAGUUUGACGUACCGCCGCUAUCGCAAGGUGCUUUGAGUGGGCAACGUCUUCUCGACGAAGCUUCCACGCCUACAGACUCUCUGGGUAUCGAAAACAAGGAGAAUGAUGCUACUAUUUUGUGGACAGACCCAACCACCAAGGAAGUACAUCUACUAAACGCUCGAACAGGUUGCGCAGUGCCCGAUGUUCGGCCGCGACCAACCACCGAUUCUAAUCCAUCUACGUUCCACAACACGCAGGCAUCUUCGAACAAUUCGGUGCGAUUACCAACACGAGCCUCGACGGCCGUACCUGGCAAAACGCCUUGGCUUGCCAAUGUGCUAGACACGUGGGACAAUCCAGUCUUCAAGCCAAGCGAGAAGCGUAUACAACAGGCUGUAUUACACGAAGACGAGUUUCGAGGGCACCGCUAUUCUAGUCAUGGUUGCUCCCGCAUCGAUAUCGACAAGGCUUUCAACCAGGCUUCAGCAGGUGGCUCUAGUAGACUGUCGAGAGAGGGGUUACAGAACGCUCAGGUCAUCGCACAGGUAGACAAGAAGUUCAUUCUUGUCAAGAUGAAAGAUUCGACACAAGUGCAAGAUGCGCGCUCAGGGCUUCUCGUGCUAAUGGACCAGCACGCAGCAGACGAACGCGUACAGGUUGAGUCACUCCUAAGUCAGCUUUGCAAUCCACUACAAGACGAAAAAGGGUAUCAGACAAAGCUCGGCCACAGGGCGCAGGUAGCUUCUGUCGUGCUCGAGAAGCCGAUGCAAUUUGCAAUCUCUUCCAAGGAACGAAUACACUUCGCAACCCAUGCCGUAAGAUUCGCAGCAUGGGGCAUCCUCUACGACAUCCUUGGAACGACGACCUCUUCAGCUGUUCCUGACACUGUCGAUAGGGAAAAGCACGUUUUAUCCGUCACUGGUCUUCCAACGGGUAUAUCGGAACGAUGCAAAGCUGAUCCCAAGGUCCUGAUUUCUUUCCUCCGCUCAACGGUCUGGAAGUAUGCAGAAGAUCCGCAUCUCGCUCCUUUGCCUACACCACUCACCUCAUCACCGAGUAAUCCCACCGAUUGGGUCAGACGUCUAGCCACCUGUCCUCCAGGUCUUGUCGAUCUCAUCAAUUCUCGUGCAUGUCGCUCCGCUAUUAUGUUUAAUGAUGUGCUUAGUAUUGAGGAUUGUAAAGCUCUGGUGAGAAAUCUGGCGAGUUGUGUGUUUCCGUUCAUGUGUGCGCAUGGACGGCCUAGCAUGGUGCCGCUUAUUGAUUUGGGAGAGAGGGGGGAGUUUCCGGGUGGACUAGGUGCGCGCGAUGAGAGUGUUGAUGACGCAGGUUUUGUAGGGGCUUGGAAGAAGUGGAGGAAAUGA